AUGCGCGAAUCAAAUUUUUCCCGAUCGGCCGAUUUUCAUCCCUUCUACAGCCGGCAAAAAGUGUCCCUGCAGAGAGCUCCGCUAUUUCUGACAGUUCUCUGACAGUUCCUUCACAUUUACAGCGGUUGAAACAUUGUAUCUAUUGUUUCCAUUUAGGAUACAGAUGUUUUUAUUCGGAAACAAAUAGAUACAAUGUUUCAACCGCUGUAAAUGUGAAGGAACUGUCAGAGAACUGUCAGAAAUAGCGGUGCUCUCUGCAGAUACACUUUUUGCUGGAAUGGAAUACACUUUUUGCUGGAAUGGAAUUCUUCUUCAUCCUCAUCCUACUUCUUCUUCUUCUUCUUCAUCCUCAUCCUUCUUCUUCUUCUUCAUCCUCAUCCUACUUCUUCUUCUUCUUCUUCAUCCUCAUCCUACUUCUUCUUCUUCUUCAUCCUCAUCCUACUUCUUCUUCUUCUUCUUC